AUGAGACAGCAAGGUGAUACAACUUUCAUUGACGUCCUCAAUGCGCUGUGGAUUGGGGAGCUAGCGACAAGUCACAUGUCCGUGUUGAUGAGUCGGGUUAGUACAGAGAUGGACGGGGAAUUCUCUGUAGAGAAGGCUAUGCGCAUUUACCCGACCAACAAGCAAGUGGAGGCCCACAAUAAUAAAGCCGCUAAAAAUUCAAUCGACACCGUCAUAUCGGAUGACAUCAACAAGACCGGAGGAUUGCCGAGAGAGCUGGUAAUAUUUGUGGGAGCAAAAGUGAUGAUGCGAUCUAACAUCGAUGUACAAAAAGGCUUGGUCAAUGAAGCAAUAGGUAUCGUAACGGAACUGAAAUUGGCUGGUGGCUUCCGCAGAGGUCAGAUCUACAAGCAGGACAUACCGGGCGUAAUGGUGAAUUUUGGCGUGGAUGGGAUCCACCUGAUCAAGCCAAAAUCAAUACAAUUUCCUGCAAAAUUCAGUUACGGAACUGCCGAGCGCCGUAUGCUGCCUUUAAUAUUAUCAUGUGCUUCGACAGCCCAUAAAAUGCAGGGCACCUCAGUCAAUUAUGCUGUCGUUUACUUGGGAUAG